AUUUCGUGUUCGUCUGGCAGCAUCACGAUAACAUAUGACAAUUGUUUAUUUGCAUUCGCGCGAAUUGGAUGUGCGAUUUUUGUAAACUUAUUUAAAAUUAUUUUUAAUAGUUUGUGGUGAAAUAAUACAAUUUAAAAAUGAUAAAACGUCCACAAAGUGGUGAAACUGAGGAGGACAUACUGCGGAUGCAAAAUGAGUUCUUGUCGCAAAGGGCGAAAAAUCCGAAACUGCAGCCGUCGGCGCAGGUUGUUAAAGUGCCAAAAGAAACAAAAAAAUCAUUAUUUGUGAGGAGUCGCCAGAAAGCAAGUGAAAAAGCUGCUGAUGUCAAUACGGACAAUAAAACUAUAAACGUAGAGCAAGUUUCAACAGUCAACCAAGAAAUCUUGGGUGAAAUACAUGAGAAAAUCGUUGGAAAUUUGGAAAUAAAUAAUUCAGAGAAGUUCACAGAUAUAGUGCUUGGUGAUAUUGUAGAAAAAAAAUUCGAUGCUCCAAUGCUGACUGACAUUGUGGAAAAUGACGAAAAAGUUGGAUUUCCAACUAUAAAAUUAACAACAUUUGAAAAACCCUCAAAAAGUGGCAAAAGUAUAUUUGCAACUGCAGCUUUAAGUAAACAGCAAAUUAAGAAAAUCGAUGCACCGGCGCCCUCUGAAGAUGUGUCAACAAUUUAUGGUAACGAAAGUGUGAUAGUCAGCAAUUCUACAAUUGCAGCGGAAGUGCACAAAGAAAACUUAGAUGUUUUAAGUAAAAUGAGUAGAGAUGAUAUCUUGGCAGAAAGAGAAAAAUUGCUCAAUUCUAUUGAUCCCACAUUAUUGGAAUUGUUGAAAAAGCGGCGGCAAGAGAAAUCGAAUCAGCUUACAAAGAGUAUGGCACCUACUACUAACAUUAAAUCCACUGAGAAGGUUAAAAUACCAGAACCUAUGGAUGUGAACACCGUACUAACACCAACGAAUGUGGCAUAUGAACUAUUACAACAAAGUGAAGCCGAAAAUUGGGUACAUUUCAAUGUAGUUGAGACAGAUAAACUCAAAUGGUUGCGUGAUGUUGGCGAAAAUACGGCGAAUGUGAAACCAGGUGAGCAAUUUGAAGCGCGUUUCGAUUGGAAGGGUGUGCUACUACCAUACGCCGUUGAAAACGUAAAAACUGGAGAAAACACAACAGCGAGUAAUGCUCCUGCAAAAGAUGAUAGAGAACUUUAUCUGCAUGGAGAAGAGCCACAUCGACCUGGCUACACAUUGCAGGAACUCUUUCGCUUAGCACGCUCCAAUAUUAUGCAACAACGCAUAUCGGCAUUCGGUGCGAUUGGUGGUAUACUAAGCAUAUACAAUCAAGGCUUUUAUGAUGGUGUCUUAGAGUUGCCAAUUUCGAAAAUAUUCUUCUUACUACGUCUUGGACUUGAUGACAACACGCCAGCUGUGUUGGAGGUUGUGUCUAGAGCGCUAGCUUUUCUCUUUUAUAACGAGGCCGAUGAGACCUUACUGGAUUUCAUUUUCGACAAUCCCGGCUGUCAUUGGCAACCAAGUUUGGCAACAGUCGACAUGAGCACUGAUAUUAAAGAUCUGAAUGCGUUGGAAAAUUUACAAAAACAAAUGCAACAACUGCAAAUGCAUGACGAAAGCAAUCGUUCCUUGUAUCGUAGUGAUUUCGAAGACAACGAAAAUGAGGAGAGUAAAACUUCCAUGAGCGAUUUUCAAUUGGCGGAAACUAAUUUAAUUGAAUGUCUGUUGCGUACAAAUAUUCUACAGCGCAUUUAUUUUAUUUUGAGCGCCGUCAAGCCGGAAAACAGCACCGUUACAUCAUGCGUAAAACUACUCAUACGCUUGGCGCGCACAAAUAAAGAGAUCGCUGGGCAAAUCGUCGCCAAUAACCAGUUGAUGCAGUGUAUUUUUGAACAUUUCUUGCCGGACUUGACAAGCGCUGAAACCAACUUGUCUACGCCGCAAUUUUAUAAUCAACCUCAAUUUUUGUGCCUUAAACUCGUGCGUAUUUUAAUUACACAAAAUCUCGGCAUUGCUGUGCGUUUAAUGAACAUGAAGCUAUCGGAUAUUCUGAUCAACUAUUUAUCGUACCGCAGCGAUAUUAAAGAUGCCAUGAUUAAAGUGCAAAUUGAGUGCUUGCGUAUUGUGCGUUGUCUGCUUUUGUUGCGUAUUGACGAUUCGCUUUACAGCAGUUUGGACUCCGCCUUCUAUAAUAUGCUGCAGUGGCAUUGCAAUUACCUGAAGUUUGAGUUGGGCGGUCCAUAUUUGUUGCGACAACACGCUUCGGCUUUAUUAAUGGCAAUUAGCAGUGAACCUUCCUGUGCGAAGUCAAAUCGUAUUUUGAGUGAAACGCUCAAUAAAUGCUGUUCCGCCUGGUUUUAUCGUGCGACACGAAGUGAUGUAACGGAGUUCUCCCAAACCACCCUACUCAGCGCCUGCCUGCAUGUGGUCAACUGGCAACUGCAACGCGAUGAAGCUACAUAUUUUCACGAAUUUAUUACGAAAUAUUUGCGUGAUUUUCUACUUUCCGUAUCGUUUACGAAAUGUGUGCAGCAAUUAAUCACCUCCUCGGUAAUACUGCGCAAGUCAGGCGAUCGCCGUUAUAUGCACACGCCGUUACCUAAUGUGGGCGCCGUGUUGACGCAUGAGGAUGGCCCACAAUUAAUUAUACCGCAAGCGUAUAGCGUUUUUUUGCUCAACACCCUGUGGUCUCACAUCGAGUUGCAAAUGCGUCGAAGUCAAAAUGUAGCGCACAAACAACUGUUAGAUGCUUUAAUGACGCCUCAAAUAGCGGAGACUUUUGUGCAAUAUCUCACAUUGCUCUCCAAUAAUUUGAAUCAUUAUCUAUGCAGUAAUUUCUAUGCGAAAAUCGAAGUCUCAUUCGUUUAUAAGCUGCUGGGCUGCGGAGAUUUGCUAAAGCACUUCAACUCCUCGCAAAUACUGCAAUUGGUCUAUAAUUAUUUGUGCUGUCUCGGCGCGGAGCAUAUACUCGAGAUAGAGCAACUUUUCGAACGCAUAAUAUUCAAUACGCAGUAUUUAAAUGUGUCCGAGGCGGCGUUAAACAAAUGGAAGGAGGUUUUUGUCAGCUUGGCGCAGACGCACUACAUUGUUGUGGAACCCUCGAAUUUAAGCUUAACGAAGUCAUCACACACGAAUGCUAUUUUAACACGUGAUUGGCCUUACUUUUUCUUCAAAAUCAUAUUACAAAACUUUAUUGAUAAUGCGCCACACAAAAUAACGGUGGAUUGCUCUGAACGUGAUAUCUUGGAAAUGACCCUAACACUCGUCACCGAAUUGGAGGAUUCAAGCUCAGAUUUGAAAAUUGUAACGCCUACGGAAGAGCUUAUGUAUGCUAUGACUGCCUUUAUGGGACCCGAAAGUGAAUUUCUGAAUGAGGAAAUACAUCCCUUGCUGCGUAAACAUUUGUUGCGGUUUUAUGAUAAAUAUCAGGAUUAUACUUUCGAUUUGGAUAAGGCUGUUAUAGGCAAAUGCAAAUUCGAAAGCUUAUACUCCUUAUUCGUCGAUCACUACCAAGCCACCAGCUACGGUGAUGAAUUAUUCGGUUCCUUAGUACUAGUGCCAAUGGCACAGAAAUACGACAGCAAGUGGCGUCGACGUAUGUGGUCGGAUUAUGCGCCCGCCUUGUGUUAUCUGAAUUGUGAUGAAGCGCUGCUUAUUAAUGGCUUGAGCGCGUAUUUGGAGCCGGUUGAGGUGGAUGAAUCUUUAAUAAAAGCCUAUGCACUCGCAUUGAGUACGAAGGAUGUGCGUGUUGGCACUAUACCAUAUAAAAUUGCAAAAUACCAUCUGGAACAUUUUAAAAAGAUUCCGGAAAAUUAAAAAAAUCAAUAUUUUUACUAAAUAUAUACACUAAAGUGUUAUAAAAGUGAUGUUUAAACAAAUUUUUUAUUACAAUCAGCAAUGUGAAAAUUUGCAAGAAAAAAUCAUCAAUCAUAAUCAUUAUCAUAUCAUACAUAAAACUGGUUUAAAAGACAAGCAACACCAACAAAUGAAUUCUCGAAUAUACUUCAAAGUGUCCUAAAGCAUAUAUAGAAGAAGAAGAAGACACAAGUUGUUUACACAAUUUCAAUGAUUUAACAUUUGCAAGCCUAGCUAUAAACAUAAUUAUCAAAAUUACUUCAAUACCAAGAUCAAGCAAAAACUUUUUUGAUUCUUCAACGUUCAUGUUUCAAUACUCAGCAGAAUCUAAUUAUCAUUACUACAAUCAAAAUUUCC